AUGAUCUCGUGUGGGGUAUUUCUUGAGGUGCACAAGAAUAUACCCCACGAAAGUCCCGGAAUUUUAUAUAAUCCCCCUCCAUUGAAUAGCUUAAAUGUGGACAUCUGCCUUGCACUGCAAACAUCGUGUCAUCUCAAGGCAGACCAAUUAGAGAAAGCUCGUGCUAUUAUGGUGGAAAUAACAGAACGCCUCGGGGAAGAUGCACACAUCGCAGCUAUUACGUAUGCUGACAGGGCCUAUAUGGACAUGAAUCUCACUGUCAGCACGGACGAUAAAAGACUAGCGAGGAAAAUACGUCUAAUUGAUCUAGAAUUUAAGCGCUGUUGGCACUGUAAAGCACAAACCCACAAGGCAUUGGAAACCUGUAGACACGAACUUAUAUAUCGCGGACGUGACGAUCAGUUUUUCCCGAAUGUUAUCGUUAUAUUCACAGAUGGAUUCUCAUUUAAUAAUAAGUUUGAUUACGAUACGCCUAAACGAAAAACUAAACGGGAAUCUGAUGUUAAUAAGGCUGAAGGAAUUAUUACGAUUGUUGGAACUUUUGGUGACUUAGACGCAGGCUAUAAUGCAACUAUAGAAUGGUUGGAGAUCCACGCACCUAGCGCAUUAAAUGGCAUGCGACAAACCUCGCCAUUUGGAGUAAUGCAUGAUGUAGCAGCCUCCAGUUCCCGGGAUAUAGUACACGAUAUUCUCUCGCAAGUUCCUAUAUGUUCGUCUCCGUGUAAUCAGUUUGCUGACAUCAUGCUAGUACUUGACAGAUCUGAUAGCAUACCAGUUGAAGACCUCGACAAAACUCUGAACUUCUUUCGUGAUUUCAUUGAACAGUCUGUUGUCAAUGAAAAUGGUGGUUUACAGUUUGGAAUAUUGACGUACAAUUCUGAAACGUUUAUGCACGCCCAGCUGAGAGAGUACAAAACAAAGGAGCGGUUAAUGGCAGUGAUUGAUAGAAUACCAAGAAACACGUCCAUGUACACAGAAACUGAUGACGCAAUAAUAGCUUCAACUGUACAGCUUAUAAGACGACCUCGCUUAGGGGCUAGGAGAAUUAUCAUCAUCGCAACAGACGGUCGGUCCUGGGCCAAGGGUGACAAGUUCCCGCGCUCCAAGGCAACGAUCGAUGCUUCCAAAUUUGCAAAAAGCAGAGGCAUCGAUAUAUUUGUUGUGGGUUUACCAAACUAUAUGGAACAAAACAGUGGUUUCGAUAGCGAGUGGCGCUUCGUAGGGUCUCAUCCUAUCGGAUGUACUGUGAUUAAUAUGCAAAGACCAACUGUGACUUACGAUGAUCUAUAUGUAGCAGGAAUACUGCUCACAAAUGAACUAUGUAAACCCUCAUUGGAGAAGACAGGGUGUAUAUUCAAACAUGGAGAACAGGGAACGGAAUCAUAAACAGUUCAGAAGUAGUUAUAGAUGUUUAAUCCAAUCUAACCAAGUUACUAUUGCCCUUUGUUUUUUUAUAUUUUUGAUCAAUCAAUAAAAAUCGAAG